UAUUUGAUACUGGUAACUUAGAGUCUGCAGCUUGGGGCGCAUCUAGCAAUGCAUUUUAUUAGUUGCCUGAAAGUUGUUGCCCUAUCCAAUUAUGCCAACCUUAGAUAACAUUUUAGAGCACAUUGGAGAAUUUAACUUCUUCCAGAAACGAGCCUUUUGCCUCCUAUGCCUGCUGUCGGUUGCUUUUGCCCCCAUUUAUGUGGGAAUUGUCUUCUUGGGCUUCACCCCAGAUCACCGCUGCUUCAAUCCUGGUGUUGCAGAAUUAAGCAAGCGAUGUGGCUGGAGUUUGGAAGAGGAGCUGAAUUACACAGUGCCAGGCCUGGACAUACCAGGAGAUGCUUUUACCAGACAGUGCCGGAGAUACGAUGUGGACUGGAAUCAGACAGCCCUCAGCUGCACGGACCCUUUUGCCAAUUUUACCAGCAACAGGAGCCACAUCCCUCUUACCACCUGUCAGGAUGGCUGGGUAUAUGACACUCCAGGCUCCUCCAUUGUCACUGAGUUUAACCUGGUGUGUGCAGAUUCCUGGAAGGUGGACCUAUUCCAAUCCUGUGUAAAUGUGGGAUUCUUUCUUGGCUCUCUGGGAAUUGGCUAUAUAGCAGACAGGUUUGGUCGCAAAGUGUGUCUCUUAAUCACAGUCUUCAUCAAUUCUCUCUCUGGAGUCCUCAUGGCCAUCUCACCCAACUAUACAUCUAUGCUCAUUUUUCGUUUGCUGCAAGGACUGGUCAGCAAGGGAAGCUGGGCCUCUGGAUACAUCUUGAUCACAGAAUUUGUUGGCGCAGCGUACAGAAGAACCGUGGGUAUUCUCUUCCAGACGAAUUUUGCAAUUGGUCUCUUGAUACUCUCAGGAAUUGCUUAUACUAUUCCCCAUUGGCGAUGGCUACAGCUGACUGUUACUUUACCAACCUUCCUCUUUUUGCUCUAUUACUGGUGUGUGCCUGAAUCUCCUCGGUGGCUGUUAUCACAGAAGAAAAAUGCCAAAGCAAUAAAGAUAAUGGACCACAUUGCUCAAAAGAAUGGGAAACAGUUGCCUGCUAAUCUCAAGACCCUCUCUCUUGAAGAUGAUGAUGAUGAUACAGAAAAGCUACGACCUUCCUUCGGAGACCUAUUCCUAACCCCUCAGAUAAGGAAACAUACUUUCAUUCUGAUGUACAUCUGGUUCUCAGGCGCUGUGCUUUAUCAGGGUCUCAUUAUGUACAUGGGGGCCACAGCUGUUAACCUUUACCUGGAUUUCUUUUACUCCUCUUUGGUUGAAUUCCCAGCUUCCCUCAUCAUCAUCUUCACCAUUGAUCGCGUUGGCCGCCGCUAUCCUUUAGCUACCUCAAAUUUUAUUGGAGGGGUAGCUUGUCUUAUCAUGAUAUUUAUCCCAGAUGAUAUGCACUGGUUAAAAGUGACUAUGGCAUGCCUUAGCAGGUUGGGAAUUACUAUUGCAGUUCAGUUGAUUUGUUUAGUGAAUGCAGAACUAUAUCCCACAUUUGUCAGGAAUCUUGGAGUGAUGGUCUGCUCUUCCUUGUGUGAUGUGGGUGGAAUUGUAACCCCUUUUAUUGUCUUCAGACUGACAGAAAUUUGGUACAAGUUACCCCUUAUUUUAUUUGCUGUGAUUGGCGUGCUUGCCAGUGGAAUGGUGUUGCUCCUACCAGAGACAAAGGGGAAGAUGUUACCAGAGACCAUUGAAGAUGCUGAGAACCUGGGGAAGAGGAAGCCCAAAGAAAACAAGAUCUUCCUUCAGAUAGAAAAAUCCAAGGAAAUGGGCAACUAAAAGAGAUGUAGCCUCGAAAAGAGAUGUAGCCUUGUCGGAAUGGUUUUUUGGGUCAAGGAAGAUUGACUAACCAUCAGAAAUGCACGAUGAGAAGCACACAUUUCCUUUUAGUCUUGCUCUAUUGUUGCUUCUCUGAUACUUUGCCCAUCUGCUUUUUGCUCAGCUCUCCAGAAGGCAGUGACAGUUUUAAAAAAUCAUUUCUGGUUUUGUUGAUGUUCUUCCACUAACCCACUGAAGUCAGCACUGACUUUUUACCUAUUUAUCUUAAAAAAAAAUCAAGAUCUUUGGGUUGUGAUCAUAACUUUAUUAUCAGUCAAUUAAUAAGCAUUUAUGUACCAGGCACUAGCUCUGUGACCCAGGCAAGCCACAUAACUCCCAGAUAACUCUCUAAGUCUAUAAAUUACCAGAGGGAAUGACAAUCUGCAUUGGUAACGAGAGCUGUUUUUUUCUUGAGGUCUCUACACCAAGGAUGAAAUUCCAAAUCUAGGGCUUCUUCCUUCUUUUGAAUCCUUCUAAAAUGUAGGUAUUUUGAAAUAAAUGUGGUUAGAUUAUGACAUUUUUUGGUAUGAAUAACUCAUAGUCAAAGAUAAUGGACAUCUUGAUUCAACGGUAAUAUGGUUUUCCAUUUGAGGAUAUAUAAUGGAAUUUUCUCUUUAAAAUUAUUUUGUUUUUCAGACUCUAAAUGACGUCUAAAGUUCCCUUUUAGCACUAAACCUAUGAUCCUAAACAUAAAAUCCCAUGGGAUUACAUGAAGAACAUGCAACUAUUUUGUUAAGUUUUGUAAGAACAGGGCAGGUCUGUUAGACUCGGUCUUACCAUCAUACAUUGCUUCUGGAUUUCUGAUCUUUGAUGAUUGUCUUUCUUUGUUAAGAAUAAACA